AUGAGUACUAGAGAUGUGUCGACGUCAAGUUCUUUCAGUUCAAGAAGCAACGGACCUAUAGUCCUUUCCAAAAGUCCAGCUCAAAAGCUACCACCAAUCAAUCCAGAUGAAGUUCUAAGGUAUGCCACGAUAAUCAUAAUACUGGAAUAUAUCAGUGAACCGAGGUUUAGAAAGAGAGAAGUAGUCAAAUCAACCGGUCAAUUUAAGGUGCCAGAAUCUCGGAAUACACGCUCAGGACACGUAAAGCGAGCAAAACGCAGAUCUUGGUUGUUUUCAGACGAUGAUGGCAAAAAAGAAGAUGAAAUCGAAGCCAAACAGCUGCAGAAAUUCAUGCCCGCAUUGGAAAACUAUCUGCAAAUGGUAGCAAUGAAAAAAAUACGUGUGGAGCCGGAACUUUUACGGAGAAGUCUUCUUAAAUUUUACAACGACAGUUUUCUGGAUCCAAAAGCCAGGAUUGAACUUCGGAGCCUCAAGCGGGCCCACGAGCUCAUUAUUUUGUUCACAAAAGCACUCCAAGGUGAGCUUAAGAAGGUGCCGUCCAAAACGGAUGGGAAAGAAGAACUUUACAACCAGAUCUUCCGCUUCACUGACAUUAUCACCGAUCUGGCCUGGAAAGAAGAAUCGAUACGAACACCAUUGGGAUUGCGAUUAAAGGAGCACAAAGAGUCUUUAGGUAUCUCAGGCGGUGGUACGUCAAGUUUGUCACCUGUUACAUCAAGAACCAGCCCAGGUCCCAUCGUUCUUGAGAAUAGUGCCAAACCGUCAUUCAAAAUUUCUGACGUUAAAUGCGCCAAGUAUCUGAUGGAAGUCUUCGACCUGCCGGAGGUGGAGUUUCAGCAAAAGAUGGUUAAAUUCGUGAAUGAAAUAGACAGCAAUGAAGUCAAAAAAUACUUGCAUGCUGUAAAAGCUACAGUCGUGCGACAACAUACCCCGGGACCCACAUCAUUGGAAUCUGAAGAGCAAAACAUGAAACGAUGGUUUGACAAAGAAGUGAAGGAUAUUGAAGCAGUAAUUCAGAGAGCAUACGGAGCAUACGAACUUAAUUCAGAAGCAUGUUCUGAAAACGCGAAUAAGAAAUUAACGCUUUUCCCUUCAAAUCCAAACGUCAUCUAUGUUCACUUAGUAUGCCAAAUUUUUAAGAAAUGCAAAAAUAUGGCUUCGUUCAAUCUCAACAAGGAUGCCUUUUUUUUGAUUAACAAAUGCGCUUCCUACUGGAAUUUGGCUUGGCCAACUACAAAGGCUACAGCUGUACUCCAUGCAGCUAAUGUCGGACUCUUGGAUGCCGAAGACCUCAACCCUCGCACGCUGGAGGGAAUUUUCGAAUUGAUAUCCACAAAAGUAUUUGAGGGAAUGGAUCUCGCCAAAGAACGACGUCUGUGGAAUCAUUCGGAUCGAGACUGCUGGUCAGAAAACUUGAUCUACAGUUUGGAACAGACUUUCAAUUCAUUGACUUUUUUGAUUUCUGAAAUACAUCACAGGCCAAGACCCAAGUUCUCUCAGACUUUGAAUGUUUACUAUCAGAUUAUUUCGAUGUAUGAGCUUUUGGAGGAGGAUGUAACGAGUUUGAGCGUUUACAAAAAGCAUUUGAAACGCCUUCGUCGUACUUUUUUCAAAGCAACAGAAGACUUUUAUGUCAGUCUCGUCAAAGACCUGCCGAGGGAUAGGCAUCUCGAGUUCUUUGACGUCAAAAACAUUGCCGAUAAGAUUUUGUCUGAAAUUCAAAGCAUGCAGAAAAUGUACUCAAAACCGCUAUUGAACGAGAUCAACUUGGUUCUUGAAAGUGCAAGAGUUCUUUUACAAGCCUUUGGCCUGGAUUGCGCGGCUAUCUUGACUCAGGUUCAAAAGAAUUUUGAGGCUGAUGGAGACGGGAAACUUCCAUUUUACGAUGCUGUUGAAACAUACAGAUCACUCAGGGAAAUACGAGACGUCUUUCAUCAAGUUCAAGACGCGAAUGAGUUCCCAUUUGCAUUGGAAAAACAUUUCCUGAAGUACGUGUCUCGGCUUUGUGAUGACGCUUGCAUCAAUACAGUGGAUGUAGUGCGAACGGCGCUAACUAAGGAAAAUUGGAUGUCUGUCAACGCUUCAGUGGGUUAUAGUACAUCCGUCAUUGAUGUGUUCAAAAUGAUUAACGAAUCGAUGGACUUAUUCGUCAAGCUCGAAUGGCCAGAUGAGUAUCAAAUCUCAAAAAUAUACACCUACCUUCUGAAAGCAGUAGCCGACGGUUUGAGUGUUUAUGCUAGUUGUGUGACGAAAGAAAUCGAAAAAGACAUCACAGCAGGUCAAGACGAGAAAUUUGAGGAAGUGAAGGACGAUGACUCUCAUAAGGGGCUCAGUCCAUUUGCUUAUUCUACCAAAAAAAAGGUCAAAAGCUCAUGGGUCUAUACGGAAAUGAGGAAUGCACUCAAAUCUGCCGAUGUGGUAACUCCACGACCUUUCGAGUUUCAAUUAAGGACCUGCACUUGUUUGAGCAACCUGAAUCAGAUACUACUUUUGAUAAAUGAUUUGGAAGAUCGAAUUGAUCCAGAAAGCAUAUCUAGACUUGUUCGCAAACAAGAGCAGGCCGAUUCGGGACUAAAAAAAAUGAGCGAAAAACAGAACAGAAACCUUCGCCGUUUAUACACCAUCAAGGUUUUACGCGCGGAAAACUUGAGUGGGUCAGCUCAAGGUAGCAACACAUUGGCCGCCGUUAGUAUUGUGGACUCAAGGCUAAGACGUGAAAUUGCGAAGACUAGGGACGUUCUGACAUCCGGACGAGCCGUGUGGAACGAAGAAUUUGAAAUUGAUGCGCCAUUGACAGAGUCUCGCUUUUUGAAUGUUAUUAUAUGGUGUCAAAAGCCGAAGUUUGGGUCGUCUUCUCCUAGUGUUUAUGGUAGAGCCCAUCUCAGUUUGGAACCCAACAAAUUUAAAGAAGAUGGUUUACCCAGGCAGCUGUUACUGAAUCUUGAUACUCGUGGCAGGGUUGUUGUGGAAAUAGCCGUAGAGACGGAAAAGUUGGAUGCCCUGUUUUCAAUGGGUAGGGCUUUCAGAUCGAUAAGCCGCGCUUUGGAUCGAUCUAUUGAGCUCAUGGUAGGAAAAUUUCAAGUCUUUGUGCACUUUGCGUUUUCCCGAAUGACGCUGAAAACUGUUUGCGGCCCCAAUGGAUUGAACCAGCCUGAUGGCUCAAUCGUUUAUGACUCAAUAGAACCUCUGUUUGAUUACCUCAAUGCAAACCUCGAUAUCCUGGCAUCUCAUCUACCUCGCGAGCUCCUCCUAAAAAUCAUGUUGGAAGCUUGGGAAGUUGUUGUGACCAGGGCCGAUGAACUUUUACUUCCGCACUUAUAUGAGGCAUUCGAAGAGCGGAACUCAAACUCCAAAAAUAAAGCGAAGACGAUAUGGGAGAAUGCAAUGGAUGCAGCCAAACAUGGAAUCAAUGCUACCACGGCAUCAGAAAGACCUUUGACCCAAAUAGAGGUGCAUACGGUAUUUGAAUGGCUACACGCACUCUGCUUUGACUUUUUCCACAAUAACGGUGAAGGUCCAGCAAUAAAAGAUUUGAAGAACAAGCAUUACCAGGCGCUGUUGUUUAUCCCGGUGUAUUACGACCAACCGAAUACCCAGCUGAAGGCAGAAGCGGAAAACCUACUUCAAGAAUACCACAAAUUGUUAUUCAAUAUUGUGGACACCACUGAUAUCGGGAAUAGUGCUGCACCUAAAUUUGCGGGCCAACGGGCCAAGAGUUUAGCAAGAAGGAAAACCAUUCUGGCAAAUGCGUCUCGCAAAAGACGAGUGCAGCUUGAUAAGGAGAUUGAAGUUGCCGAGAACAGUCAUUUGGACAAAGUUACAGCGACCCAGGAUAUUCUCUUGCGCAUUCUAAUUUCGAAGGGCGAAUGCGCGUUUGUUGCAAGAAACCUAGAGGCUCGUGAAAGUCUCGAUAAAGCGCUGCUUACACAGAAUAUUGUUCAAGCUGCUCGUUCGAGUCGUAAAGGGUGA